CUAUUUUAUGUUUCUGUAAGUGGUGAAGGCAAAUAUUACCAUGGGAACCAACAGCCAGGAGCAUGGAGGAUCUGAGGUAACAUAUCAGGAAAUGGUAGAAGAUGAAGUCAAGGACACAAGGAAUGUUCCUGUUGGACCUAUACACAAAAUAAUAGCAGAGAAUUCCAAAUCAAACAGUAUGGUUAUAAAGAAACCACAUGUGGUGAUUCCUCCUCAUAUCAUAGCAGAAGCCAUAUCAACUAUCCGUGAUAUUGAUCUUAGAUGGUCAGGUCCAAUCACACAGAAAGAAAUGGAAUAUGUUGAACAGUAUGUGCUGGCAAAGUACCCAGAAUAUUCAGGUCUCAUUGAAGGUGAUGGGAGUGGUAUAGACUUGACUAGCUUUAUUAUCAAUGAGGAACCUUCAGAACCCAUGUCAGAUGAUAGGAGGAAGUCACCAAGAGGGAACUUUAGAGAGCCUUUGUUUGGAAGUAAUCUACCUGAAAUGGAUAGGACCCAGUUGGAGCCAUCAAGGCUACUUGAUAUUCUCAGCAAAAAAUCCUCCUUUCCUGGAAGUUUCAUCUCAAUCCCAGAAAUCCAAGCUCAAAAUAAGGUCUUGAAGCAUUGUGGGUUGCCUGAUAAUGAAUACCUGGUUCUAUUCACUCCAAGUUACAAGGAUGCUAUGAUGUUGGUGGGGGAAAGUUACCCUUUUGUUAAGGGAAACUACUACAUGACAAUUCUUGAACAAGAAGACUAUAUAAAGGAAUUUGCUUCUUUUAAGGAGUCAAAGGUGAUCUCUGCACCCAAGACUUGGCUGGAUUUGAGGAUCAGAGGGUCUCAAUUAAGCCAAAAUUUUAGGAGGAAGUGUAAGAUCAGCCCAAAAGGGUUAUUUGCAUAUUCAGCAGAUGUGAAUGGGACAAUGCAUUGGGUUUCAGAGGCUCAUAGGAACUACUGGCAUGUUCUGCUUGAUGCAUCUACAUUGGUUGUAGGAAAGGACAGGCUACUACUUGGGCUUCACAGGCCUGACUUUGUGGUUUGUUGUCUUGAUAACACUAAUUCCAAUCCUUCAAGAAUCACUUGCCUCUUAGUGAGAAAGAAAUCCUUUGACACCUCCACUGCUUCAUCUCAGGUUAAUGAAUGAGUCACAAUGAAUACUUGUUUGACAGUUUUAGACAACAAUUUGAACUGCCUAGCAUUUAGCAAUGUCUUAUUUUGGUAUCAUGAACUCUCAGACAAACCGUGAAUUUU